AUGGAGCCGGCCAGCGGGAGUGUGAAGAAGUUGGACAAGACGGCCCUGGAGGGGCUCGAUGCCCGCACCGAGAGCACGAAAGUGCCGGAAGAUGUUGUGAUGGAGGAGCCAGACCCUCCGUCCGACAACGAGACCAUGAGCACCGCAAAGCGGUCCAACAGCAAGCCGGAACAUGGAAGAGGCCCUCUGCGUGAGGCGAAACAGGCCAAGAAAGCUUUGAUCCACAGGGGGAUCAUCACGAAGGAGGAAGCAGACAAGCUGCCCGUCGAGGAGAUUUUGAAGAUGGUGAAGAAGUACCGCCAGGGCAGCGGCAACCUCACGGAGGCUCUCCUGGAGCAGCUCGCGGAGAACCAGAAGGAGGACCUGUUCAAGAAGCUCUUUGGAGAGUUUCAAGAGAGCCCGGGCAUGAAGAUGCCGGAGAUCUCGGACGAGCAGGUUGAGGAGGCUGACAAGGUCCUCACUUCCUGCUUUUUGUACCAGAAGUGCCCCUUUUGCGACAAGUACGUGGACGAGUGGCACGUACUGAAUAAGGACCACAAGAGUUACAUGAAGGAGCACCUCAGGUCCUCGUACCUCCUCACGGACCCAAGUGCGAUGAGCUCGGAGGCAGUCCGGGGGUCCUUCGCGAGAGUUCGGCGAUUCGGCGGGGGAUUGCACAGUUUGUCGCUGGCAAACAGUGUGGAGUACUGGGGCGAUGUGGAGAAGCUUCCGUCCCUGGUACGGAGCAUCCAUGCCACCAAGGCCAUGAAGGUGAAGUACGGCGAGAGCAAGAGUGCGAAAACGUUUGAGUUCAAACAGGAUCAGAUGGUCUUCGAGAGCCCCGAGCUCGAGAGUAGCUGGUGGCCUGUGGUCCUGCUCCAGAGGCCUGAGGAUCCCGAGUUCGAGAACAUGGCGAACAUCGCGGGCACCCAGACCAUCCUCAUCAUUUGCUGGUACCAGAUCAUGGAGGACGGCUUCUGGGUCUGGGUGAUGACCAUCGAGGAGGUCUGA